CUCGUAUCACACUAAUUCACACACAAGUGAGGCGAAAAAAUUGUUAGGUAGUUAUCUAGUUGUAAAACAAGUACGUUUACAUUUUUAAUGAAAAAUCCCCACAAUUAUUUUUAUAGAGACAAACGACUUACCUUCGAAUUAGGAAGAAUCAUUGGCAGAUUUACAAGUAUUUGGAGUGGGAUUUACACACUCAUGCGAACAUUAGAUUAUCAUAACUUUUUUCCCGAGUUUUAUUUCGCGUUAUAUUCGAUCACGAGUUGAAAAAAUUAAAGAAAUACAAGUUCUGCCGUCAACAAUGUAAUCUGCUACUCACACCUACAAAUACGUACUUCAAGACUACUAAAAAUUUGUUUAAAAAAAAAAAGAAAAAAAUGAACUUCAAUAUUGAAAUGUUCAAAUGGUUUCACUUUCAGUAUCUCGUUAUUUUAUUACUGGUUUGCGAUAAUACAAUACUCAAUCACCAAAUCAAUGGAAAAGAGAUAACUGAAAUUUACGAUAAACCUUGCAUCACACCGGAUAACCAGCCAGGAUAUUGCAUAAGUUUAACAAAUUGCAGCCAUCUCCAAAGUAAACUGGGAAAAUUUCCAGUUCUACCAGAGCUGGUUACUUUUUUGAGAAAAUCCCGUUGCGAUCAAGAAAGUGUCGAAAAAACACACAAAGUUUGUUGCAGUGUUUUAAAUUCAGCAGAUACGAGUUCAUUUCUCACUUCAGAAUCACUCUUAUCCCAACAUGAAAAUGGAAAAAAUACCACCGGGUGUGGUAAAACAAACAGAGCUGUAUGGAAAUUAGCUGGAGGAUGGAAUUCAACUUUAGAUGAAAAUCAACAAACCGAUUCGGGACCGAAAAUUCAAGCAACGGAAUGUAAAUCGUGGGAAUUUAAAUGUGACAAUGGACAAUGCAUUAGUAAGUGGGAUGCUUGCAAUGGAACAUCAGAAUGUGAAGAUAAAUCUGAUGAAACGUGUCAUCGCUGUUUAAAUACAACAUGCGGCCAUUCACGUUUCCGAUGCGAUUAUGGCGCUUGUAUAUACGAGAACCAACAAUGUGAUGGGUCAGUAGACUGCAGAGAUGGGUCAGAUGAAUCACUAAGAGCAUGCAAUAUAACUAUUGAUGAGACUGAGAAAGAACAACUCAUUGGAUUUGAAGGUAACUUUUGCACCGUGCUUAUACCAACUCCUGAUAAGACCAUCACGUACCAAUGUAAUGAAAAAGAUUCGCAGACGUGUGGAAAAUCUGGAAUUGUUCACGAAAACACAGUUGCAUUGAUCAAGUGCAACACUGGUUAUUACACAAUAUACAACAAAACUGGAUCCAGUUCUGUUUGCAAAAAUACAAAAUGGGUUCCAUCGAUAGCUGAUUGUUUCACUCCUGCAGAUGUGAAGGCAAAAAUUCGAAAAAUUCAAAUGGAACCAUGUUCAGAAUUUGAAUUUAGAUGCAGUAAUGGGCAAUGCAUUUAUGAAUGGUUCCUGUGCGAUGGAAUAUCAGACUGUGUAGAUAAUUCAGACGAAACACUUCGCCAAUGCUCAGCUACAAGAUGUGGAAAAGAGCAAUUUCGAUGCAAUUAUGGUGGCUGUAUUGAUGCACAAUAUCGAUGCGAUGGCUUAAAACAGUGCAACGAUGGCUCAGAUGAAGCACCUUCAACAUGUGCAACAAAACAAGGAUCCAAUACUAAUUCAUGUGCAGUACCCCAACCAUCGCAAGGCGAAACUAUCACAUACACUUGCAAUAACAAUACGUCCAACCCGUGUCAAGUCAAUGGGUAUAUUCCUGAACACUCAUUCGCUGUGAUUCAAUGUAAUCCUGGUUAUUUCCUAUCAAAUAAUGUAUUAAGUUACCAGUCUCGUUGCAUUAAUUCGAAAUGGGUACCUCAGAUUUAUCAAUGCCUGAAACAGUGCGGUGAAUUUACUUCGACGAACAUGGGCGGGCGAUGUUAUUAUAAAGGAAUCCAAAUCUCUUGCAAUUCAAAAUCAUUCUUGGCUGGUACUUUAAUACGUCCUAAAUGCAAAGUUUUCUACACUGAAGCAGACACAGAUAAUACAGGCAUUGGACCCGACUACACACAAUUUACAUGUGACCAACAAGGACAAUGGAACCCAGAGAUUACGUCUGAGUACGGAAAUAGAGCUAUAUCUUGUGUUCACGAAUGUGAUCAGAAUUUCGUUCAACGACAGUUUAUAAGAACAGCUGUCGUAGAACCUGAAGGAAAGUCACCCUGGCAAGUUGCAAUUUACAAUGUGGAUAAAAUAUUAAUCUGCGGCGGUACAAUAAUUCGUCCUAAAAUAGUUCUGUCAGCUGCGCAUUGCUUCCAUACGGAUGCAAACAAAGGUGAAGUGAAUAUUGCUGAUUACGAAGUCGUCGUUGGAAAAAUUACUAGAGAUUAUUCGUUGAUAGAUAAUGAAGAACAAAAGAGUUUCAAGAUCCGAGAAUUACGAUUCUCCAAAAAGGGAUAUUUCGGUCUAAGUAAUAAUUUCGCAGCAGAUAUAGUAAUAAUAAUCCUCGAACAAAGCAUCACUUAUGGUAACCUAGUUAAACCAGCUGAAUAUAAACCCGAUUCAUUAUAUUCUGCGAAUCCUCCUGCAGAAGGCAAUCCAGGCAAAGUUUCAGGAUGGGGUCUGGAUGAAAAUGGCGACCUAAGCAGAGUACUCAUGACUGCCUAUUUGACUUUCAUAAAUCGAGAAAACUGUUUGAAAAUUGUACCUGUUGAUAUUCAAAGGUUCAUUACUUUGGAUAAAUUUUGCGCUGGUUCAAAUACAUAUAAUGGUUCAACUGUACUUCAAGGUGACAGCGGCGGAGGAAUAUUUUUCAAAGUAUACAGUACAUAUUAUCUCCAAGGCAUAGUAAGUGUGAAAGAGGGAUCAUUAACAGCCAUAUCAGCAUUCACUGACUUAGCCGAUCACGCCAAAUGGAUUUCCUCAGUCGAACAAGAAGUGUACAACUAUUAUGAGAAAAAACAAAGAUCGAGGAUGGAUCUUAUACCAGGAACAAGAUUUUACACCGAGUCAACGGAGUGUCGAAAUCGACAACAGAAUAGUAAAUUGAUGAAAAAUAGAAUGAAAUGUUUUUUGAACGCGAAAAAUCGAAAUUUUACAGAGUCGACGGGAUGUCCAAAAAUUUUAAACGUCAAUACGCCGCCAUUUUCGGAAGCAUACGCGUGGUUAUCGUAUUCACGAGUUGAUCGUUGUUAGCUUCAUUUAAUGUAAAAAAAAUCAAAUUUUGUACCAAUAAAAAUGAGUCAUUUCCUA